AUGACGAAAAAGACCAUAUACCUAAACAAGCAAGUGUGGAUACUUCCCUUGAUAUGCGUGCUGAUGAAGAUGAAGAAAAGGAUGUACGAAGAAGUGUACCACAUAAAGAAGAACUUGCUUACAACCAGCCACCUCCAAACUGGCAACAAGAGCAAGGGCAGGGAUAUUAUUCACCACCACAACAAGGGCCACCACAAGGCCAAGGCCAGGGUUGGUUUCCACAGGGGCCACCACAAGGGCCACCACAAGGCCAAGGCCAGGGUUGGUUUCCACAAGGGCCACCUCAAGGGCCGCCACAAGGCCAAGGGCAGGGCUGGUAUCCACAAGGGCCGCCACAAGGCCAAGGGCAGGGUUGGUUUUCGCAAGCGCCACAACAAGGGCCACCACAAGGCCAAGGGCAGGGUUGGUUUUCGCAAGCGCCACAACAAGGCCAAGGGCAAGGCUGGUUUUCUCAAGGGCCAGCACAAGGACAAGAGCAAGUACAGCCAAAUGAAGUACGUCGUGCACGACUAUUCAUCCGGCUCGCCUCUGGAUUAUAGCGAAAACAAAGCGGAUCGAAAUGUUUUCGUGAGGAAAGUCAUGCUGAUCUUGCUCGUUAUGCUAAUGUUCACUACUGCCUUCAUGUUGGUAGUAAUAUUGGUCAUCGUGUUAAUGGUGAUGAGUUGCGUCAUGCCGACGGCAUCGUGUGCACGAAAAAGUCCAUCAAACUACGUUUGUUUAGUGAUUGUUGUUAUAUUGGAGUCUCUGGUAACCGGUGCAGUAACCGCAAGAUACAGAACUGAAAUUGUACUACUGGCGUUUAUAGCUACGCUGGCUGUCGUGGCUCUCUGUGUGGUAUUAGCUUAUACAAAGUUCGACUUCACGAAAUGGAUACUAUAUGUAAUAGCUAUCUCCGUUACGUUGUCCGUCCUCAUGUUAAUCGUAGUCAUUAUGAUGUUGGUCUUCCAUGUGCGUUUGAAACCUCUCAUGUUAGGACUAACAUUUCUUAUGACUUUAGUCAAUGUCGUGAUGUUUAUAAUUGAGCUACAAAUGGUUUUAGGAGGUAAAUCCGUCGAGUUGGACGAGGAAGACUACGCUUUGGGAGCAUUCAUGCUGUACACAUCCAUCAUACAGCUCUUCAUAAACAUUCUUAUAAUGGCGCGCAUGGCUGACAGUUGAAA